AUGCCCAGUUCGCUCUUUGCAGACCUGGAGAGGAACGGGAGCGGCGGUGGCGGCGGUGGCGGCGGUGGUGGCGGAGGAGGCGGCGGCGGCGGCGGCGGCGGCGGUGGCGGCGGCGGCGGAGGUGGAGAAACCCUGGAUGACCAGAGAGCCUUGCAGAUCGCGCUGGAUCAGCUCUCGCUCUUGGGGCUGGACAAUGACGAGACCGGCUCCCUGUACGACACUGAGCCCCGGAAGAAGAGCGUGAACAUGACUGAAUGCGUGCCGGUGCCCAGCUCGGAACACGUCGCGGAGAUAGUGGGAAGGCAAGGUUGUAAAAUCAAAGCGCUACGGGCUAAGACCAACACUUACAUCAAGACCCCGGUUCGCGGGGAGGAGCCUGUCUUUGUUGUGACUGGCAGGAAGGAGGACGUAGCUAUGGCCCGGAGGGAGAUCAUCUCGGCCGCGGAGCAUUUCUCCAUGAUCCGCGCCUCCCGGAAUAAAAACACCGCUCUCAAUGGCACGGUGCCCGGGCCGCCCAACCUGCCUGGCCAGACCACCAUCCAGGUGCGGGUGCCCUACCGCGUGGUGGGGCUGGUGGUGGGACCCAAGGGGGCCACCAUCAAGCGGAUCCAGCAGCAGACACACACCUACAUCGUCACGCCCAGCCGGGACAAGGAGCCGGUGUUCGAGGUGACUGGCAUGCCCGAGAACGUGGACCGUGCUCGGGAGGAGAUCGAGGCGCACAUCGCCCUGCGCACCGGGGGCAUCAUCGAACUCACCGACGAGAACGACUUCCACGCCAAUGGAACCGACGUGGGCUUUGACCUGCACCAUGGGGGCGGCGGGCCCGGCCCCGGCAGCCUCUGGAGCAAGCCUACCCCCAGCAUCACGCCCACCCCGGGCCGCAAGCCCUUCUCCAGUUACCGCAACGACAGCUCCAGCUCGCUGGGCAGCGCCUCCACGGACUCUUACUUUGGCGGGGGGACCGGCGGCAGCACCAGCGCCGCGGCCACCCCGCGCCUGACGGACUACAGCCCACCCAGCCCCGCGCUCAGCUUCGCCCACAACGGGAACAAUAACAACGGCAACGGCUACGCGUACCCCGGAGGCGAGGCGGCCCCGUCCCCGGACUGCUGCGCGGAGCUGCCAGGCUUCGAUCCGGCGCCUGCCCCUCCGCCUGGGGCCCAACUCAUCUGGUCCCAGUUCGAGCGGUCCCCCGGCGGGGGCCCAGCGGCUCCGGUGUCCUCCUCCUGCUCCUCUUCCUCCGCGUCCUCGUCCGCCUCGUCCUCCUCCAUGGUCUUCCCUGGGGGCGGCGGGGGCGCGUCCCCCAAUGCCAACCUGGGGCUGCUGGUGCACCGCCGGCUGCACCCCGGCGUCAGUUGCCCCCGCCUGUCCCCGCCCCUGCACGGCGUGGGGGGCGAGCACCAUCUGGCGCGCCGGGUGCGCAGCGACCCCGGCGGCGGGGGCCUGGGGUACCCCGCCUACGCCAACGGGCUGGGCGCUCACCUGCCCGGCCUGCCGCCGUCGGACUCGUCUGCCUCGUCUUCCUCGUCCAGCUCCUCGUCCAGCUCCUCGUCCUCCUCCUCGGGACUGCGGCGCAAGGGCAGCCGCGAUUGCUCCAUCUGCUUUGAGAGCGAGGUGAUCGCGGCUCUGGUGCCCUGCGGGCACAACCUCUUCUGCAUGGAGUGUGCCAACCGCAUCUGCGAGAAGAGUGAGCCCGAGUGCCCAGUCUGUCACACCGCAGUUACUCAGGCCAUUCGUAUAUUUUCAUAAAGGCAAACACACCCACACACUCUCCUCUGCCCUUGCAAACACACCCUCUUUUCUCUCCCAACCUUAUACACUCCCCAGAUCUAAGAUGAGCUUUUAAAGCUGUAGUAUCUGCACAUUUUUUUAAUUUAAAAAAAAUUUUUUAAGGGACUUGCCAGGAUAUUUGCAUCAAGUGUACUGUAGCCUGGGGAAAUCUCUAUACCAUCUAAAAUGCAUGCUAUAAAAAUAAUAGGACAAGGACAUUCUAUUAGUAAUCAUUUUUUACACUGUACUUUAAAAUAGGAAGCCUCCAAAAGAAUAUCCCCCAAAGUUUUUUUCUUUCUUUAAAGUAGGAAAAAAUGAAUAAUAAUAAUAAUAAUAAUGAUAAUAAUGACAAUAAUGCCUAUAUCAUGUGUGGACUUUUAGUAAGUGUGUCCCUCUUGCUGGUGAGUCCCCUAGAAAUGCUUAUUCCAGAAAUACAGUGGAUACUUUUGGAAUGUUCUUGAAAGGCAAGGAAUGCCUGUGAAACCAUGAUACUGCAGCUUUAUUAAACUUAAAGAAACUGUAACAUAUCUCUUAUAUAUAUUAAAAAAAACGUUUAAAGGUUUUAAAAGAGAAAUUGCAUUAAUACAGAUUGAAGUAUUUUAUUCUUUUUUGACUUGAAAAAUUAUAUUUCAUAUUGCAAAGAUGUUUACAAGUAUUUUAAUUUAAGUUCAGUGAACUUUUUUGUAGCUGGGUUAAAUCUUUUUAUUUUAGUAUGGCCUUAUGGCAAAGAACACUGUAUUAUUUUAAUAUCACACAAUUGUGACAGAAUUACAAACCAUAAAAUGUGUAAUGCUUUGAACAGUAUUCUGUUGGGAUGGAGAUUUUAUAGGUUCAGAAAAAUCUUUUAAAUCUACUUCACCCAGCAUAUUUUCUAUUCAGUGAUAUAAGACAUAUUUUAUUCUAUAUUAUUACAAAAAAAUGGAAAUGUUUAAACAUGUCAAAGGAACCGUUGACGCUUUCUAACAUUUGUAUAAAUAGAAUUCAGUGGAAGUUACAAAAAUUCUGUUGCACCACUAGUUUUAGUAUUUCUAUUUUAAUACAUUUGUUUACCACUUGUUUAUGUAUAUGUAGGUGAUGUUACUUGAGCUUAAAUGUACUUUACUGAGCAAAGUUUAAAAAACAAAGUAUAUUUUAUUUUAUGAUAAAGGGCCUUUAACCUCAUGGUCAAAUACUAAUAUUAUAUUUGCUGAGACAAGAUUUGAAAUUGUAUCAAGAGUUUUAUUUUUCUGACAUUUAAAGUUCUACAUAAUAAAGGUAAAACUUAAGUA